UGAGCGACUUGCGUCCUAUAGCCCUCUGCAAUGUGGUCUAUAAGAUCAUCACUAAGAUGAUAGUUAAUCGGCUUAAGUCCCUUCUGCCCACCAUCAUCUCGGAGAGUCAGAGUGCUUUUAUUGCUGGUCGAAGUAUUCAGGAUAAUAUAAUCUUAGCUUUUGAGGCCUUGCAUGGUUUUAAAGUGCAUCAAAGGAAAAAAAAGUUUUAUGGGGCCCUCAAAAUGGAGACUUGAGUGGGGUUUCAUUCGAGAUAUGCUUCUUCAGCUGGGUUUUGCGCAACAAUGGGUUGCUUUGAUGUUUUCUUGUAUCUCCACUGUUCGUUAUUGGAUCCUGCAUGAUAGCAAGGAGUUAGGCCCUAUUGUUCCUACAAGGGGAUUGAGGCAAGGAGACCCCUUAUCGCCGUACUUGUUUAUUCUUUGUGCUGAGGGGCUUUCCCGUCUCCUGCAAAAUUGUAUAAGCAGUGGAAGCCUUCAUGGGUAUAGGGUUUCUCGGGGUGGCCCGCAGAUUUCUCAUCUUUUUUUCGCAGAUGAUAGCUUGAUCUUCUUCCGAGCAAGUGUUCAGGAGGCUUUGGAACUCAAGCAUAUCCUUCGCAUGUAUGAAAAUGCAUCUGGACAGGUGAUAAACCUUCAGAAAUCAUCUAUCUCCUUUAGUAGGUACACUCCUGUGGCUCUUCGGGACUCUGUAUGCUCAGUACUUCAGGUUGAGGAGAAACCAGAUUUUGGAAAUUAUUUAGGACUUCCUUCUCAUGUUGGGAAUAAUAAGAGAGAAGUGUUCAGUUUUGUUAAGGAUAGAUUGUGGAAAAGGCUGAAUUCUUGGAAGCAUCGGGCACUGUCUCAAGCAGAUAUUGGUGGAGUAAGGGGGCGGAUCAAAAUCGGGGUAUUCAUUGGCUGGGUUGGCACAGAAUGGCAAAGCACAAAUCUGAUGGCGGGCUAGGUUUCAAAAUUCUUCAUAAGUUUAACUUGGCCAUGCUUGGGAAGCAGGGCUGGCACAUUAUCAACAGGCCUCAGUCCUUAGUGGCUCGUGUCCUUAAGGCCCGCUAUUUUUCGACACAAUCUUUCUUUGAAGCUCCUUUGGGAAGUAACCCUAGUUUUUUGUGGCGCAGCAUAUGGGAAACUCGGGGUCUGAUUCGAGCUGGAGCUUACUGGAGGAUUGGGAAUGGUCAGUCAGUUUCAGUCUGGGGGCAACCCUGGUUGAGAGAGCUGCAUGAGUCCCUGGUUUCCACAACCCCUCCUUUGAACUAUGCUAGAGUUGUUGUUUCAGAUCUCAUAAUUAACCACAGCUGGAACGAGAGUUUAAUUGCACAGAUGUUCAACGAAAGAGAUAGAAGUUGUAUUUUGAACAUCCCUCUUAGUCUUUCAUCGUGUUCUGAUACAUGGUGCUGGAAAUUCGAGUCCAAAGGUCACUAUUCGGUUAAGAGUGCAUAUAGGUUCCUGGUUGAUGGCUUUCAACAUAGGGAAGGGAGCGAGAUAUGGAAAAGGUUCUGGAAAGCUAAAGUUCCCCCCAAAAGUGCUCAAUUUCUGCUGGCGGGCUCUAGUUAAUGUUGUCCCUUGCCUCUCGUCACUUCAGUCCAAGAGAGUCCCAGUUGAUCCUUCAUGCCCGUUGUGUCAUGUAGCCCCUGAGAAUGUCUUGCAUAUUCUGAUUCAGUGCCCUUUUGCCCGCAGCUGCUGGUUAAGCUCGCCGUUGGGUUGGCCUGCGCCUUCUACAUCUUCUUUAAAUGAGUGGUUUUCUUUAGCCUUCUCUUCUGCUUCUGUGGAAAAUGCCUCCCUUAUGCUAAUGAUCUUAUGGGCUUUGUGGCAAAAUAGGAACAAUGUUAUAUGGAAGGGCCAGGGUCAGACUGCGAGUGGUGUGUUCUUCAUGGCUCUGAAUUUUUUGCAGCAAUGGAAAGCAGCCCGGGUCAUGUCCUCAGUAAGCACCAUUGUCGACCCGGCUCGCCCGAUCUGGUCUCCUCCGCCGCACGGUUGGAUCAAGGCGAACAUUGACGCCUCUUUAAGCUUGCAACGAGGUUCGGUAGGUUUCGGUUGUGUAAUCCGAAAGGAUGAUGGGAGUUUUGUGGCUGCUAGAGCAGGCUCUUUUUAUAGCCAGAUGGAUGCAAAGUGUGCUGAAACUAUGGCAUUCCGGGAAGCAUUGAGCUGGAUUAAAGCGUGUGGAUGGGAUCGAGUUCUUUUCGAAUUGGAUGCUCAAGUACUUGUGAUGUCAGUUAAUUGUGUUUUGUUAGAUGAUUUAUCGUCUUUUGGCCUUUUGGUUCAAGAUUGUAAACUGCUUCUAUCUAGUUAUGAGGAAGCAAAGUGUGCUUUUGUUCAUAGAUCUACGAAUGAUGUCGCUCAUGUUCUAGCAACAUCGGUUCAUUCUGAGUCAGGUCAAGGAGUUUAGAUUGAUAUCCCUCCUCCUCAUAUUGUUUCUUUA